UCCACACCCAAGUAGGAAAACAUAAAAACUGCUAUGGRUCACUGUGUGACAGUUUAAACCUUUCUAAAUGUAAAAAGUUAAUUUUAACAGCACAGGAGGGGAAAGUGUGGUUCACUGUUUUAAUGAAGCGUGCUGAUAUCAUUUUAAAACAAACACAAGUUGAUCUAUAAGCAGACACUGUCUUCCUGCUUGUUUCCCAGGGAUGGCGUGCUUAGUUCACUGAAACUAUUACAAGUGAGAGGUGUGGCUUUGUGUUAUGACAGCACAGGUUAGUGAAGCAGGCAACAGGUGUGCACAGUUUACACAGAACAGAGAGUGCUCACUGUGAUACCACACUGAAAGCAGAAGGAUUUCCUCUGGGAGGAAACUGCAAAAACGACAAUCAAAAGGURAAACGAUGGCCAACUUUGGAGGACAUGCCAUCCCUGGCACCUUUUUCAUGCUAUAUGGCUUUUGGCUGACUGUGAAACACAUUCUCCAAUACAACUGGAGAACAAGGCAGCCUAAAGGAAGACAUAUAAUGCCGCCAUUCUUUAAGAAAAUGGAGUACGUUGAAGGAGGAUUUCAAAUCUUCGCAUCCUUUGUGGGUAUUAUGGUCGAGCAGUUUGUAGUGGAUGGCCCACAUGCCCGUCUCUACAACAGGGAGGCCAGUUCAUGGGUCAAGCUGAUGAACUGGCAGCACAGCACAAUGUAUCUGUUCUUUGGGAUUUCGGGAGUAGCAUUGAUUGCUUCUACUCUAAUCAAAAAAGUGCCAACUGGUGUGGACCGACUUACUAUCUCCAUGGCUCUUUUUGUUGAAGGGUUUCUGUUUUAUCACCACGUGCAUGGCCGGGAUCCUCUGGACGCUCACAUCCACAGCCUGCUGCUCGUGGCUGUGUUUGGUGGCUCGGCCAGCACCAUGCUGGAGGUAUUUAUCAGAAACAACAUUAUUCUGGAGCUGACCAGGGCCGGCCUGUUCAUCCUGCAGGGCACGUGGUUUUACCAGCACCGUGAUGCGAUUCUCCSAAAAAAGACGAGAGAUUGAGAUCGGAAUGAGAGAUACAUCCUCCAUGUCGGGCUCGCAGAAAGCUUUACUGGAGCAGUCUGAUGAAGAGUGAAGAUGAUCACAGUUCUGUUAUUUUACUGAAAUUUUGUUAAUAGACAAAAAGAUUCAUGUUUAUUACUGCACUAAAUGUUUUGCUAAUGUGCUUUAGAUUUACAGAAUAAAGGUUUGUGUAAAAAUUAAGAAAAACA